GGCGUCGGGCGAGAUGGCGGCGCGCAGCCUGGGCCGCGGCGUCGGGCGGCUGCUGGGCAGCUUGCUGGUGCGCUCGGGGCAGCCGCUGCGGUCGCUGCGCUGGGUGAGCGCGCCGCGCGGGGCAGACGCCCCACCGCCCGGCUCGUACCCGGUGCUGAGCGCGCAGGCGGCCCGGGAACCCGCCGCCUUCUGGGGGCCGCUGGCGCGGGACGUGCUGGUGUGGGACACCCCCUACCACACGGUGUGGGACUGCGACUUCAGUCGCGGCAAGAUCGGCUGGUUCCUGGGAGGCCGGCUCAACGUGUCCGUCUGUUGCUUGGAUCAGCACGUGCAGAAGUCCCCCGAGAGUGUCGCUUUGAUCUGGGAGCGUGAUGAGCCUGGGACGGAAGUGAGAAUCACCUACAGGGAGCUGCUGGAGACCACGUGUCGCCUGGCCAACACGCUGAAGCGGUAUGGAGUCCAUCGAGGGGACCGCGUGGCCAUCUACAUGCCUGUGUCCCCCAUGGCUGUGGCAGCCAUGCUGGCCUGUGCCAGGAUCGGAGCCAUCCACAACGUCGUGUUUGCUGGCUUCAGUGCCGAGUCCUUGGCUGGGAGGAUCAAUGAUGCCAAAUGCAAGGUGGUCAUCACCUACAACCAGGGACUCCGUGGAGGACGCGUGACAGAGCUCAAGAAAAUCGUGGAUGAAGCCGUGAAGCAGUGCCCAACUAUCCAGCAUGUCCUGGUGGCCCACAGGACAGACGCCAAGGUCAACAUGGGGCCCCUGGACGUCCACCUGGAGCAGGAAAUGGCCAACGAGGUCCCUGUGUGUGCUCCAGAGAUCAUGGGCAGUGAGGACAUGCUGUUUAUGUUGUAUACCUCAGGAAGUACCGGCAAGCCCAAGGGGCUGGUCCACACCCAGGCAGGCUACCUGCUGUACGCUGCCGUGACACACAAGCUCGUGUUUGAUUACCAGCCAGGAGACGUCUUUGGCUGCGUGGCCGACAUUGGCUGGAUCACCGGACACAGCUAUGUGGUAUACGGGCCGCUCUGCAAUGGUGCCACCAGCGUCCUUUUCGAGAGCACUCCGGUUUACCCUGAUGCUGGUCGGUACUGGGAGACAGUGCAGAGGUUAAAGAUCAAUCAGUUCUAUGGAGCCCCGACGGCUGUGCGGCUGCUGCUGAAGCACGGCGAUGCCUGGGUGAAGAAGUACGACCGCUCUUCCCUGCGCACCCUGGGGUCAGUGGGAGAACCCAUCAACAACGAGGCCUGGGACUGGCUGCACAAGGUGGUGGGGGACGGCAGGUGUACGCUGGUGGACACCUGGUGGCAAACAGAGACGGGCGGCAUCUGCAUUGCACCACGGCCCUCCGAGGAAGGCGCUGAGAUCCUGCCUGGCAUGGCUAUGAGGCCCUUCUUUGGCAUCCUCCCUGUUCUCUUGGAUGAGAAGGGGAACGUCGUGGAAGGCGGUGACGUCACUGGGGCAUUGUGUAUCUCUCAGGCCUGGCCGGGCAUGGCCAGGACCAUUUAUGGCGACCACAACAGAUUCAUAGAUUCCUACUUCAGGACAUUUCCAGGCUACUACUUCACUGGAGACGGGGCCUACAGAACCGAGAGUGGCUAUUACCAGAUCACUGGGCGCAUGGAUGACGUCAUCAAUAUCAGUGGCCACCGGCUGGGCACCGCCGAAAUUGAGGAUGCCAUAGCUGAACAUCCCGCAGUGCCAGAGACCGCUGUUGUCAGCUUUCCCCACGACAUAAAGGGAGAAGUCCCCUUUGCCUUCAUCGUGUUGAGAGACGAUGCCAGCGACACAGAAUCGGUGAUGAAAGAAGUGAAGUCAUCAGUGGCCUCCAGAAUCGCCAAAUACGCUGUGCCCGAUCAGAUUCUGGUGGUGAAACGUCUUCCCAAAACCCGAUCCGGGAAAGUCAUGCGGCGAUUGCUGAGGAAGAUCGUCAUGGGCACAGUCCAGGAUCUGGGGGACACCACCACCCUGGAGGACCCAAACGUCAUUGUGGAGAUCAUGAACACCUACCAGAAACACAAGGACAGGCAGGCAGCAGCCACCAAGUGAAGGCGUGCAGCGCAGGUGGCUCCCGGGGCCGGGGCCAGACCUGAGCCCUCCCUGCCCUCCAGAUGGAGCCCCCCACGUGGCCACUCCACCCUAAUGUGAAGCCAGGCUGAGUUCCUUUUUCCUCCCAGGGAGAGGCAGGCUUUGUCCCUUGGCCCUGAAUUUAGCUUUUUUGGAGGCUUAGGUUCCCAGUCCCCACCUUCCCAAGCCCUCUCGUGGCAGCACGGGGGCGUGGGAAGCCUGGUUAAGGCGUGUCUGUUCACACAGCUUAGGAUCGAAGCAACCACAUUUCACUGUAUGUAAGUGUGUAAGACAGACUUGAUUUUUUUUUUCUAUUUUUCUAUGUUAGAAGGAUGAUAUGCAUUAGCCUGUGCACACUCUUGGUGACAAUGAGUGUGGGGAAUCUCCUUGCUUCGUCCCCACUAGUGGGGAAAUGUGAGCGGCAGGGAGUACACUUCCACAGAUCUGAAUGGGAGAUGUUUGCACCCCUCCCCUUGCCAACAACUGUUGUCUGAGCCCCGCGUCCCACUGUGAGCCUCCUGGUCGCUGUUGUGAUGGGAUGGUGAUCCCCGCUCACCUCCAGCUCCACCUGGUCAUACUGUUUCUCUAAGCUGUGAUCUGCAGAGAGUUCCCUUCCUUUGGAUGCCUCUUGGCCGGAGGUGGGCAUGCACUCAGUCUGGGCAGGGUUGCUCAGGGAAGACUUCAGGGUCUCGUGAGAGCACCGCUUAAGCUGGAAGCGGGCUCCCUUGAGACCUGCCUGCCCUUUCUCCUCCAGUUGGAGCUGCAAUCGGUUGAGUCUCUCACUGUGCCUUAAAUCCUCUGAAUAAGAGCACAAUUGUGUAAAUCUUGAGGUCCAUCAGUGCCUACAGUGGUGACAGGUGGAUGUGGCCCAGUGGGCUGGGUCCUGGAGGACAGGGAAAACUCCACCCCCACCCCCACCCCACAUUUAGCUGUGCUCCACACUGCCUGGCAGCUGGGUCAGUGUUCACGGGGUGUCGGGUGCUGAACACCUCCUCUGGGCCAGCAGCUGGGGUGGGCAGGUGAGGAAGCCUUGUGUGGCCAAGCUGUGGCACUGGCUGCAAAACGCACACACACUGAACUGUGGUCCUUUAGCAUUAGCAUCAGAGAGCUGUGCACCAAGCUUGGUGGAGCGUGGCUGUGGUGCUAUGUAUGAGAUGGCUUGGUUUUCCACAUUGUAGACAGUGUACAGGUCUGGAGAUGACCUGCUGAGGAGCCUAAAUAAAACUUUAUUUUAUUCA